ACUAGAAACCCCACAAGGGGAAAACAAAAUUGGCCAAUUACCUACCACAAUUUAUAGUAUAUGUGAGUUCAAAUUCAAUCACCAUUAUAAAAAUGUAUUCAUUAUGCACCCAUAAAAGAAAAGGCCUCAUAAACCCUCUAUAAAUCCUCCCUAAUCCUCCUCUCAUUAUCAUUAUCCUCCUUCCAAUUCCCUCUCACAUUGCCUAAUUAUGCAAUUCAUUCUCACCACUCUCCUCUUCUUCACUCACUUCCUAUAUGUAUUCUCGACCAGAUGUCCCCCUCCUCCACUGCCGCCGCCACCGCCGGAAUGCCCUCCACCUGAAUCCCCGCCACCAUUACCGCCGCCGCCGCCACCGCCACCGAAAACUUGCCAAUGCCAACCGACCCUCAGAUUCUUAGACCAAAGACUGGCUGUGGUGUACCCAAUCAUUCAGACCUUCAAAGCCCUCAUCACUUCUGAUCCAUUAGGCAUCACACAAACAUGGGUUGGCUCUGAUAUCUGCAAGUACAAAGGCUUCUUCUGUGAUAACCCCCCGGACAACAAAUCUGCUGUCGUCGUUGCAGGUAUCGAUUUCAACGGCUUCCAACUCACUGCCUCGACGCUUGAUGGCUUCAUCGACGGCCUCCCUGACCUUGCCAUCUUCCAUGCUAACUCAAACUUCUUCUCUGGCACAAUCACCCCCAAAAUUGCAUCGCUCCCAUAUCUCUAUGAGCUUGAUUUAAGCAACAACCAACUGUCGGGUCCUUUCCCAGUUGCCAUUUUGAGUGUCACUGAUCUCUCGUUCUUUGAUAUCAGAUUCAAUUUCUUCACUGGGUUUGUUCCCCCGCAGGUUUUUGUAAAGAAUUUUGACUUCUUAUUCAUCAAUAACAACAAUUUUGGGAUGAAAUUACCCAUUAACUUCGGCUCUACAACCACGCCUUAUAUCACUUUAGCUAACAACAAGUUCACUGGUCCGAUUCCAAGAAGCAUCGGAAAGGCUUCUGCCAGUUUAACUGAAAUCUUGUUACUCAACAAUCAGCUCACUGGGUGUAUUCCAUACGAGGUGGGGUUCUUGAAAAUGGCCAUUGUUUUUGACGCUGGCGACAACUCGCUAACCGGCCCAUUGCCUUGCUCGCUCGGCUGCCUGGAGAAGAUUGAGCAGCUGAACUUUGCCGGAAACUUCCUCUACGGCCAGGUGCCAGAGGUGGUGUGUGAACUGGGAAAUUUGCUAAAUCUAUCCCUGUCAGAUAAUUACUUCACCAAAAUUGGGCCAUCGUGUAGGAAACUGGUGAGAAAUGGGGUUCUUGAUUUGAGAAAAAAUUGCAUAAGGGGGCUGCCUGAUCAGAGAUUGCCGUUGGAUUGCCUUUUUUCGUAUUUGUUUCGAUACCCUUGUCCAUUUCCGGCAACUUAUGGCUUCGUUCCUUGUGAGAAGUCUUCUUUUGGUUCUGGACAACAGAAAAGAAGCUCUGUUCCUAUUGCCAAUGGUGGUAUUUCCACACAAAAACCUUAACUAUGUUGGAGAAUGAAGUCUAAAUUAUACUUCCAAAUCUAAUCCUAGAAAACAACUUGCAAUUUAUUUCUGUGGUAAUUGUACAAUGGAAAUGUUGAAGAUGGAGCUCGAUAACACAAAUUUGAGUGUUUGUGUACUGAGAUGUAUAUUGUAUUAUAUCUGGUAAUAGUACAAGAUAGGAUAUUUAAGA